AUGUUAUUGGAUCAACUUUUUCGGGCGAAGCGAUCGCCUGCGCAUACAGAGGUGCUUCGCUGCCAGCUGGCCUCUGUUGCCGACUACGAACAGCGAUUGGUCGAGACGGUUGAUCGCACUGUCCUGGAUUAUUGCCGCGGUGAAGCAGGAAGCGGACAAACUGUGACAAAUAAUCGGAAUGCUUUUGAUCGAUUGCUUAUCCGACCUCGUUGCUUGCAACGUAUUGGCGGUAGUAGGUCCUUGGCUGUGACAUCCUUUGGAAUAAACUUCCGGAUGCCAAUCGGAAUAGCACCUAUCGCUUUGCAGCGAGUUGCAUGUUCAGAAGGCGAAAAAGCAAUGGCAUCGGCUGCAAGAACCUUUGGUGUUCCAUUCGUCUUAAGCGUUCUUUCGAGUGUAUCGAUCGAGGAGCUAGCAGAAGCCGUUCCACGUGCACCAAAAUGGUUCCAAUUGUACAUCUUUAAAGAUCGGGAGCUAACAGAGUGCCUUGUAAGGCGUGCUGAAAAAGCCAGGUAUCGAGCGCUAGUGGUUUGUGUGGACACACCUGCACCAGGAUUAAACCGCGCUGAGCGAAGAAAUCCUUUGACAUUGCCUGCAAGAGUGACCUGCGCCAAUUUCAUACCGAAAGGAACUAAUACAAAUGGUACCGAUAAGGCCAAUUCAUGCUCUGCUAACGUACUCGAUUAUGUACGCAGUCAGCUCGAUCCAAGCCUCGGAUGGGAAGCCGUACGAUGGCUAAUGAGCAUCACGACGCUGCCUGUGAUUGUCAAGGGUAUUUUAAAUCGGUCGGAUGCCAUAGUUGCUGCCGAAAUCGGUGUGCAUGGUUUGAUCGUAUCCAAUAGUGGAGGCCGCCAACUUGAUUGUGCCCCAGCCGCAAUUGACGUAUUGCCGGAAAUUGUUAGCGCCGUUGGAACUCGCUUAGAGGUCAUGCUAGACAGCGGUGUAAGUCAAGGUACGGACGUGUUCAAGGCUCUAGCGCUUGGUGCGCGUAUGGUGUUCAUCGGUCGUGCAGCUAUAUAUGGCCUAGCUGUCGAUGGUCAACGAGGUGUUGAGGAGGUUUUGGAUAUUUUGAAAACCGAAUUAGAGUCUACGAUGCUUAAUGCUGGGUGUGGUACACUAGCCGAUGUUACACCUCAUCAUGUAUGCCACGAGCUACAAUUAUCACACUAUAAUACAGAUCAUUUACAUAGAUCCUGGCCUAAUGAAAGCUUUUAUAGCAGUCGCCAGCGAACACUUGAACAUCGAAGAAAAACAGACAUUCCAAACGAGGAAAAAACCAACGACACAGAUCGUGAGGAUGAAGAUGAUUUGGGAAACACUAUUGAAAAGUCGCCUGAACGAAUCACUUUUCAGCAACGCUCUGUGGACGUAAAACUGGACGAAAAAGUGUCGUGCGCUGAGGCAGCACAUGUACUAUCUUCACCUCCUCCGUACCGAAACGUUCCUUUGCAGCUUAAUAUUUCCCGGGGAAUAUUCCGUUCAAAUACCAACAAUUUAACUAGACAUGACACCAACUCGGCCGAUCUGAGCACAUGUGCAGUAGAAGGAAAAUCAAAAGUUUUAAAAACGAUUAUAAAUAGAAAAAAUGUACCGCAAAAACGAUUGAAAGCAUAUUCGAUGCAAAAUCUUUGCAAUGCUGGAAUAAAAUAA